CCAUUGUUUGAGAGGCGAGACUAAGGCAGAUUCCAGGCACUCAAAUUGAUAGAUUCUUCAAGCAUCAUGCUCCUAUUAACACCAGAAAGCCAAACAUUAAGCCAUGUAAUAACCAGCAGAGCAGGCUCUCCAUAAAUCCCAAUUCCAUUAGAUUUACAUGUUAAGUUUAUAUAUUUAGGUUGUUAAAUCUUCCUUUCAACGAAUACACAUCUACAUUUACAAGGAAGUGUUCUGUUAAAUGUUUUAUCAUUUUACUACAAACAGGUCUUACAUACAUAUUGUUUCAGGGCAUCUUAUAUCGUUGGUUGCUGCGAGGAGAUUUUUUAACAGGUUAUGUGUGUAGGAACAUUGUUAGUUUUUUGCAUCUUGUGCUACGUCUCAGGUAGAUAAAGAUCUUCAGCCCAAUGAACUCUGUUAUUCUGUAGAGUUCCUUUUGGAUUUUUUAGGAGGACAGACGUGCAAAUCAUAAUAAUUCUAUUCCUUUAGUAUUUCUCAUGCAUUGUUCUUUUUUCUCUGCUUAGGACAGUGCGAUAUGCAAUGGAAAGUGAUAAGUUUUCUUAUUUGAUUUUUUUUUCCUGGUGAAGUGCCUUUUCACCGAGUUACAUCUCCAGCACUUUAAAUUUUAGGACAGGGUUUUGAUAAGUCACUAAGUGUCUAGAAUGGGCUUUGAAUUUUAAUCUGCCUGCCUCGGCUUCUCAGAGUGCUAGGAUUACAGGCGUGCUCCAACAGACCUAGUGUAAUUUUGAGGAGUCCAUGUUUAAUAAUUUAUCAGUAUAUUUGAGAUUUGAUGUCAGAUUUUUUCUUUUUUCUUUUUUUUUUUUUUUCUUGCCUUUUUGAGACAGGAUCUCACUAUGCAGCUCGGGCUGGCCUUGGGCUCACUUUGUAGCUCAGGAUGGUCUCGAAUUUACAGUGAUCCUUCUGCCUCAGCCUCCCGAGUGCUGCUGGGAUUACAGGUGUGCACCACCACACCUGGUUUUGAUCUUGGAUUUUCAUAGAUUCCUUUUAAUUGGGUUUAAAGAAGUUCUUCCCCCCUCAGUUCCUAAUUUGAAUGAGACGUAAAUCUGUCAGAACAUUUUUCUCCCAAAUUAAUUUUUUCCAAAUUAAUUUUUAAAAGAACUAGUAUUUUCCCCUUUUAACAUUUAAACGUUUCAUCCUACAAAGGCAGAUUCUUAAUUCCUUUAUAGACUGCUGGUUUUGAUCGCUAUAAUGGUAUGUUUUGCAGUAGUUAACAAAAAUAAGGUUGGUGUUAUGCUUUUUUCUAGCUCUUUUCUAAUUUUGAGAUCCACAUUAUCUACGUUAUCCAAUCCAUAUGAAUUAUGCGAAGUAGUUUUCUUUUGCUGUUUUUGAAAGAUUUUUAUAACGAGGGAUUAUCUUUAUUAUUUUUGUCAAGUGGGUAUGGAAAAUAUUGUAGAAAGUGUUCAUUUCAUGUAUCUGUCACACCUGUACCAGCAUAAAUUUGCUAUAUUCUCUUGAGUUAAAUCUUAAUUUUGUUUGUAUGCACCCCUACUUUUGGAGCCUUUCCAUAUUGUUUAUUUUUAUGUUUGCUUUUUCUAUCAAUCUUGUCAGGAGAUUUAUCUUUUCAGAGGACUAACCACGAUUACCUAACUUAUUGUUUUUAAAAUUCAUUUUUCUUCAUUUUGAUAGAAAUUGAAAUUUUCUUUUAUGUGGUGGAUAAAUUUAUUAGUUUGUCAAGCUCAUUAUUUCUUAUUUUUAGUACAUGUAAGUCUGUAAUUUUCUUUCCAAGUUUAGUUUAAGUAUUCCAGGACCUGUUUUGAAGUGUACUUAUUUUAUGGAUUCGUGAACAUUUUAUGAUUUUCAUUGUGAUUAUUUAGGAGUGUGCUUUUUUAGUUUCUAAGGCACAGGGUUGUUUGCUGCUUUGUUUUUAUUUAAAUUUAGUAAUACAAGCUGGUUUUGAACUUGUUUGUGUAACUCAGGCUGGCCUCCAACUCAGGGAUCCUCCUGCCUCAGCCUCUCAAGUGCUGGGGUUAUAGACACGUACCACCACGUCUUACUAAACACUGAUAUUUUAAAAGAUAUUUUGAGAUUUAUUUGUGGCCAAGUACCUGUUCAAUGUUUGUGGGUUUUUUUUGUGUGUGUGUGUUCAUGGACAAUGCAUACAUUUAUUAUAUGUUGGCUAAUCUGUUAGAUUAGCCUAAUUUUAUUUCUAAAAAUCCAUCAGUCUGUCAAUAUCCUUACCACUUUUUGUAGUAGCUUUCUAUUAGAGUGUAAUAAAAUCAUCAUACCUAUACUUUAAAAUUAUUCCAUAUAACGGUGGCCAUUCUGUUUGAAGGCUGUAUUAUUUAAGUCUUUUUAUUUCCAUUAUUGUGUGGUGUCUGUGACAUGUUUUUAAAGUUCAAGCCUGAUGAUUUCUGCCUUCUGAUAAGUGAGUUUAGUUUAUUUACAUUGUUUAUUGAAGUUGUUUUAAUCAUUUUGUUUUUCAUUUUGUUGUUGCUGCUGUUAUUUGCCAUGUCUUCCUCUUUUUGGUGUUGUCUGUCUUCUGUUGCUUUAACUUGGUUUAUCUCUGUCUUUCAAGUUGCUGGCAGUGUUCCUUUUGAGUCAUCACUGGUAUUGUUCUGUAGUUUGUAGUAAUUUAGCUUUAUCAUGUUUUCUAGCCACUGGUUCAUGAUUCAUUUUAUCCAAGUUUCCCCGUUUCUCCUUCAUGAAAUAUAAGACCCCCUUUUUUGUGGAAAUCUGAGUCUUAAACUCUUUGUCUUCUCUGGGAAUGUUUUUUUGCCCUUAUUCUUCAGUGACAGUUUAUGUGUACAUAGACUCCUGGGUGGCAGUUCCCCCCUUUGGCCUAUUGAAGAUAUCCUUUGAUUUUUUUAUUGGCAUCCAGAGAUGUCAGCAGCCAUCUGCAGUUGAUUUUUUGAUACGCAGGCAGGCUAACUUUUUCUGUUCUUCUAGAAUAAUUAUUGGGUAGUUUAAUUAUAGAGGCAAUUUUAAAUGUAAAGGAAAUUUUUAAAACAUAUUUUUAAUAUUAGUAUAUUUUUAACAGUAGUCAAGAAUGAGACUGAAAAAUACAGCCUGUUUUAAUAAUUAGCAAGCUACAAAAUUUAAUAAGCCUUGACAUUCCAAAUGGCGGCUACAAGAUUAGUGUAACUCAGCAGUUACUAUGUUUUGCUGCUUUCAAGUUUCCAGAGACUUACCACCUGGAGAACAACUGUGCCCAGUCUCAGUGAUUGAUUCUUUUUGCUUGUUAUACAGUAGUAACCCCAGUCAGCUUACGUAGAGUAAAUUUUGUCUAGCAGUAUAUGACAAGACUGUAACCAGCUGUAAACACCACAUUAUCUGCCUUUUGUACUUCCUUUUGGAACCUGUGUAAGUAACUGCCUUACCCCAAAUGGGCUGGUGAUUUGGAAUUGAGAUUCCCACCAUUCUGUUAGCACAGUAAACCUGCCUGCCUUCCAGAGUUCCUCUGGGCCCUGUCAUCACCUGAUCUGUUCCUGAAUUCCACAUCACAAUGAAUAAAGUUCUGUAGGUUCACUGUGCUGAGUGGGCUGUGGUUUUGUUUUCUUCUGUUUUAGAGUGAUGUCUUUCUUCAAUUUGGAAAAUUCUCAGCAUUAUUUCUUUAGAUGCUGAUAGUCUCACCUCCUGUGUGGGGUUUCUUCCUCUAGCUUCCAUCAGAGAGCAGCUGAUAGCAACGGUCUGUGUUACCUGUGUCAUCAGUGAAUGGAAACCUUUUUCUUGUGUUAUUAACCCUUUUUGUAGAGGAUUCCUCAUAUUUGUCUUGUAAUUUAUCCCUCUUCCUUACUUUUGAUCAACAUAUCUGUUGACCACUUUGACGAUAACAAUAAAGGAUAUAUUAACCACUGUCAGUCUCCUAUUACCUGGUUUUGAAAUUCUGUAUUUUCAUUGUUUUUUCUCUUUAAAAUAAGACGCAUUGACCCUUUUUUCUUUUGCAUUUGUUGACUGUCUCUUUUUGGUGGCUUCUCUGUGUGAUUUGUUAUCUUACUGAAGUCAUCUCUUGCAGGCUUUUGUUUCUAAAAGAGUCCCAUGUACUCUGCAUGAGAAGUAUCCCUGUAAAGUUUUGAGUUUAUCUUUUCUAGGUUAGACGUCCAUUGUUUUCCAGGCCAGCUUUCUUCUGUACAGCGCUGGCAUAGUGUCUCCGAACCUUGUGGAUUAGGUAGACUGGGCUCCACUCCUCUGUGUUGUAAUUACUGACUGACAGGAUUAUUUCCAAAAGGCGUUUAAAUGCAGAAUUGGAAGCAAAAACAGUUGAUCUUGUUCGACAAGCAGAGGAAGCAAUAAGAGAGCAGCAAGAGGUACAGUCUAGGCCUUUUUCAACACCAAAGAAAUCCUAUGAAGUGGAAGAUGGUUAUAGCAUAAGCUGAAGAACAAAAGCACUAGUCCUGCAAACAAAGUUCAAAACAAGCUACAGUUUGCAAAUAAAGGAAGAAAAGCAAAUUCGAGUGUUAAAUUGCGAUGUUGCAGUGUACAGACUGCCAGUGAUGUUGCCAUUCCAGAGGAUUUCUCAGACUUUUCUCUUGCAAAGACGAUUAGCAAAAUUGAAGGGCAGCUGGAGGAAGGCUUACCUGAACGUUCGGACGAUGAGAUUUUCUCUGGUGCUGGUAAAGAUAUUGGGACAAAGGCACAGAUCAGAUUUCUAAAGGCCAAACUCCAUGUUAUGCAGGAGGAACUGGAUAAUGUUGUAUGUGAAUGCAAUAAAAAGGAAGAUGAUAUUCAACAUUUAAAGUCUCAAGUAAAAAAUUUUGAAGAAGAUUGUGCAAGACAGCAGCGAACAAUUAAUGUACAACAGUCCCAAAUAGAAAAAUACAAAAAUCUUUUUGAGGAAGCAAACAAAAAAUGUGAUGAAUUACAACAACAGUUAUCUUCAGUAGAAAGGGAAUUAGAAAAUAAAAGACGACUACAAACACAGGCUGCCACCAUUCAAAGUGCUAUAGAAGUUCGCUUGAAUAGAGCCCUUGAAGAAGCAGAAAAGUAUAAACUAGAGUUAAAUAAAUUAAAGCAAAAUAAUAAGGAUAUAGCAAAUGAAGAAAACAAAAAAAUUGAAGUGUUAAAAUCAGAAAACAAGAAGCUAGAAAAACAAAAAGGAGAAUUAAUGAUAGGUUUCAAGAAACAAUUAAAAUUAAUUGAUAUUUUAAAAAGGCAGAAGAUGCAUAUUGAAGCUGCCAAGUUGCUGUCUUUCACUGAAGAAGAAUUCAUGAAGACACUUGAAUGGGGAACUUCAUAAAAUGAUAUUGGACUGUGUGGGAUGGAUAUCCUUCUUAUUUAAUUGUAAAAGUUUGAAUUAUUUUUACUCUUCAAAAGUAAUGAAAAUGAAUCAAAAUUUUAAAGAAUUCCUUGUUUCUUUGUUUUGAUGUGGUGCUAAAACAAAUUGAUAUAUUAUCCCAAUUGUUAAAUGUUUUAUAAAUAAAGCAGCAAGAAUUUAA